CUUGGAGUUCAUACAUACCUUACUUUGAAGGCAUCCAAAGCACAAAAAUCCAAAAGCAAAGAAGCAUUUGCCCACUUUCCAUCAACAAACCCAGAGGCAGAGCAAAGGGAAAAAACUUAAGUUAAAAAAGAAACCUUUCCCUUUUUCAUUGCCAUUUGUUUUACAGAAAUGAAUGGCUAUGAAGCUCCAAUAACACCCAUUAAACCCCCUCAAAUCUCUGAAAUGUUUCAAAAAUUUGCUUUGGCUUUCAAGACCAAAACUUUCGAGUUCUUCGCCGAUGAAGACAAUCACAACAACGGCAGCCACCUUUCAGACUCCGAUGGAUUCUCCCUCCUCGACUCCGCUGAAGACUUCAUCACCGACCAAAAAGUCGUCGUCAUCAAGCCUGACCCACCGCCCAAUUCUUCUUCCUCUAUGAAUAACGGUUCCCACCGUGGAACCAUCGAUACCCAGAUCGCUGAAUGCUUGGUUUCUUCUGUUUUUGCUGCUGUUUCUUCCUUUGAAGCUUCCUAUAUUCAGUUACAAACCUCGCAGGUGCCCUUCGUGGAGGAAAGCGUGAAAGCAGCUGAUAGAGCUUUGGUUUCUCAUCUCCAAAGAUUGUCCGAUUUGAAGCGUUUUUACAGGGAAUUGCGGAAGAAUCCGAGUUUCCAAGUCGGGUCGUCUCUCGGGUCUUGCUUGGAAGCUCAAGUGCAAGAGAAUCAAAGCAAGUUGAGGAGUUUGGAAACGGUUUCGAACCGAUUGCAAGAAGAGAUUGAUGAAAAAGACAAUGAAGUCUCGGUUUUGAGGAAGAAAUCAACUGAGAUUCAAUGGGGUAACACCAAAUUGUCCAAUAAAUUAUCUGGUAACCUCAAUUCAGCUUGUGAUGUUCUUUUAACUGUUAGGGUAUUUCAUUCCGUUUUGCAUGAUGCUUGCAGAGCAACUCAUAAGUUCAGUAAGAUUUUGAUUGGUUUGAUGAGAAAAGCUGGGUGGGAUCUUGAUUUGGUUGCCAAUUCGAUUUAUCCUGAUAUUGAUUAUGCUAAGAAAGGGCACACUAGAUUUGCUUUUCUAUCAUAUGUUUGUUUGGGGAUGUUUCGAGGUUUCGAUUCUGAAGGUUUCAGUUUGAUAAAAAACGAAGUUCUAUGUAAUGGGAAUAAGGGUACUUGUUCAUUGAAGCAAUUGCUCGAACACAUAUUGAGCAACCCCAUGGAGUUACUAAGUAGGAACCAAAGCUGUGAAUUCUCGAGGUUUUGUGAGAAGAAGUAUCAAGACCUUAUUCAUCCCACCAUGGAGUCAUCGAUUUUCAGUAAUUUGGAUAGAAAUGAAGCCGUGCUGAAUUCGUGGCGGUCAUUGAGCGAAUUCUAUGAGUCAUUUGUUUGCAUGGCUAGUUCCAUAUGGACACUUCAUAAGCUGGCCUUUUCAUUUGAACCCGUGGUGGAGAUAUUUCAAGUUGAAAGAGGACUCAAUUUUUCGAUGGUAUACAUGGAGGAUGUCAGCAAGAGAGAUAACUUGCCCGGGGAAACUAAGGUGAAAGUGGGGUUCACAGUGGUUCCAGGGUUCAAAAUCGGAAGGACUGUGAUUCAGUCACAGGUCUAUCUAGGUGGGUCAAAAUGUAAAGACUAGUUGCUCAAAUAUUGCAUCAUGUAGAGAACUAAGUUAUAAUCAAUCUUCGGAGCAAAGGUUAUUUCGGUUUGAAUCUUCGGGUGCAACCCUUGAAGGUCCCGGAUUGUAGAUAAACUGUUUUGUCAUUAACCCCAGAACCUGAAAGAUCAAAGUUCCCGUUUUAGUAGCUGUCUUGAUCCUCAAGAAAGUCCCUAUUGUGUAAACACUUACCAUAUACUAACUCUGCUGCUGGACUUUUUACUGAGCUCGAGGGAGUGACUGCGGUAAGGCAGCUUCUUUAGCCAUCUUCUGAUAUUUAAGCACAUAUCGAGGUUGUGAAUUUCCUUCUUUUUUACGAUUUGUGUGAGUCCAUGUAGAAAUGACUUUAAUUUGACACAAGAAAAAAUACUACACCAAAUGUGUAUCUACAUAAUUGUUGCUUAUAGUGCUAGGAACUUUGUAUUAUUCCACUCCAAGUUGUGUCUUUGAUUAAAGCAAAUAUGUUUAAAGCAAACUUGCAUUUGCUACUUAAAUGUGGUCGAGUUCUUUAAUGGCUUUAUGUCGGCAUGGAUGACCGAACCUUCUUAGAUCAUAGUGAUCCAUGCAUUUUAUUUGCUUUUCUUUCAAUGCAUUUUUGCAUAUUACCUUUUCUUUGA